AUGCUGAAAAGUGCUCUUCUUCUUUCCUCUCCCAAAAUUCUUCUCUCGGGUGCCUCUUCCACAUCAUCAUCAUCAACAACAAAAAUUAUUUCCAGUUGCAUUAUCAGUAAGAGCAACAACUCGUAUCACACUUCCAAGCACACUCAAUUUACAGCUCCAUCCGGUUACGAGGACUUGAAGAAGGUUGAUGAGAAUGAAGCCUUUCCGUGGUUAGAACAUGUCGUUCCAAAAAGACACCAAGACCACCCAUAUGCGAUUGCUUCUCUCAGUUUUAAUGGUUUAGGAACUGCCAAGAAGCCACCAAAUCCAAUUGUUUUCAUUCAUGACUACACUACAAAUUCCAAAGCCUUCUCUACCAUUGCACGAAAACUAAACUAUCCAUACGGAAUUGUUACUAUGGAUUUGAGAGCAAGAGGUAAAACUCAAGUUAAUGGUUUGGAACAAUUAUUCACAACACAAGACCAAAAAGAAAAAGCUUUUCUUCAAAACAAUACAUCAAAAACAGGUCCGCUGAACCUAAUUACUCACGCUUUGGAUUUUGUCAGAUUGUUGACAUACUAUGGAUUACCAAGAGCAUUUGUUGUUGGUCAUGGCUUUGGAGCUAACAUUGCUUACAUGUUGAUGAAGAAAAAUCCCGAACGUAUCAGUGGUGCUGUUCUAAUUAAUGGUGGCUACCCAGUGAACAAGACAUCAAUGGGGGAGGUUACCCAAUUGCAUGAAAGAAUUGCUGGUACCUUUGGCGCUUCUCUUGAAACACUUUUGACACAAGAUGCAGCAGUGAAGAGCGAAUCUAUUGAUUUCAAGUCAUUUGUUGAGUACUCUAAAAAUCAAAAGAACGAUGAAGUAAGAUUGGCUGCUCUUAGAGAUUUGAGAUCUAUUGAAGAUUUUGCUCUUUCUUUGGAGGAUUUAAUUCGUCUGAGACAUCCAGUUGCUUUGAUUCGCUCCGAACAUGGAUUGAAAGAUGGCGACAAGAAACCAAUUAUUGAUGCCAAGGUAUUCAAAUCAAUGGAAUCUACUCUCAACACCAAGUCAGCAGUAACAGUUAAUGGAGCUAACCAUUACAACAUGCUUUUCGAAGAGAAGUACGCAGAGCAAAUUGCCAACACAAUCGACAGGCUAGUAGUUGCCUAUGAUAUUCACAGAGUGAUAGAACAUCGAUUCAACGAAGUGAAGGGAGAAGUAUCUGUUAAAGCUGAAGAGUAA